AUGCGACUUGAUUGUGCGUUGCUCGCUGCGAUUUGGGUUUACGGACCAAUUCUCGUAGCAGCUACCAAUUUCAAGCAGCGAUGUCUUCAGUUCCAACCACAGACAAUUGUGAAGAACUCGCAGCUCACAAGGCUCGAGUAUCUCGCGAGCGGGACGAUCGCAGAGUUCCCAGACAAUGACCCGUCAUGCAACAGUUACAAGCAAAAAGUUGAGACAGAUCUAUGCCGCAUCGGCUUUGUCAUUAAGACGUCAAAGCGGUCCGAGAUAUCAUUCGAGCUGUGGCUGCCUGAGCAAUGGGCAGGUAAGCGGUUGCUGUCGACUGGCAAUGGCGGCAUUGACGGCUGUAUCAAGUAUCCCGACUUGGCGUAUGGCAGCGCGCAUGGGUUCGCGACGCUCGGCACUAACAAUGGUCACAAUGGCGCAUCUGCCCGCACGAUGCUGAAUAAUGAAGAUGUCAUUAUCGACUUUUCCCAUCGCGCUCUGCAUACGGGCACCGGUGCAGGGAAGCUUCUUGCAGAGGCGUUUUAUGGUUCUAAGCCAGCGUAUUCAUACUACCUGGGCUGCUCCCUCGGCGGCCGCAUGGGGAUUCAAGCUGCGGACAUGUACCCCGACGAUUACGACGGCAUCGUGGCGGGAGCGCCGGCCGUCGUCUUCAAUCUGCUCCAGGGACAAAGGGCCAUGUUCUACAACAUGACGGGGGCAAAGGGGUCGCCCAACUAUAUUGAGAUUGACACCUGGAAGGGACUCAUCCACAACGAGGUGCUCAGGCAGUGUGAUGACCUCGAUGGUGUCGCGGACGGAAUCAUUGAAGUGCCUUCGCGAUGCCACUUUGACCCAGAAACAUUACUGUGUGCAGGUGGGUGCGACAAGAGGCCACAAUCAGAGUGUCUGAACGAGGCACAGGUCGAACAGCUACGCAGGAUAUACGCCGACUACCGCUGGCCAAACGGGACACUGCUAUUCCCGCGCAUGAACCCGGGCAAUGAGAUUGCAGCAACAGACAAGCUGCUCGCCGGCAAGCCAUUUAACUACUCAGUGGAGUACUAUCGAUACGCAGUGACCAACGACCCCAGCUGGGACAUGUCGCAGUUUAGCUUUGCCGCUAUCGAGGCCGGCGAGGACAUAAACCCAGGCAACAUCCGCACCUACCCAGCGACGCUGCAGCGCUUCCAGGCGCGCGGCGGCAGGGCCAUCGUGUACCACGGCGGGCAGGACCAGCAAAUCACCAGCUUCAACAGCGAGCGCUUCUACGAGCGCCUGGCCAAGAACAGCCCGGUGGCGCUGGACGCGUGGUACCGCUUCUUUCGCGUCUCGGGCAUGCAGCACUGCAGCGGCGGGCCCGGGGCGUGGGUUCUCGGCCAGGGCGGCGGAGGCGCAGCAGCAGGCGGGUUCGACGCCGAUACGAAUGUGCUGGCGGCGGCGGUGGCAUGGGUGGAAAGCGGGCGCGCGCCGGAGAGCAUCGAGGGGACUAAGUAUGUGGACGACACCGCCUCACUGGGGGUUGAUUUCCAGCGGCGGCAUUGUCGGUAUCCGCAGACGCAGACGUACGUGGAAGGAGAUCCGAAGCAGGCAUCCAGCUGGGAAUGCAGAUCAAAACUACCCAGUUGA